CUGCAUCCAGUGAUGCCAUUCGUGCAGAAGAGAACUGCUCCAAUUUCCAAUUUCUUCGAGAGAGGAAGACGAGAACGUACAACUACUUUUACUGCUGGAAUUUGAUGAAGUGAAAAGUGGGUGAUCGAAUUGUAAACAGAAAACCUAUCUGGAAUGGAAGGCAGGCCUGUACAGAUUGUUGUGGCUAAAGAAGACCAUACAUUUGAAUUGGAUGAAGAGGCUCUAGCUAACAUUGUUUGUCAGGAACAUGUGAAAGACAAACAUAUUGCAGUUAUAUCUGUUGCAGGAGCAUUUAGGAAAGGAAAAUCUUUUCUUCUUGAUUUCUUCCUACGUUAUCUGAAAGCAAAUGGUUCACCUGAUUGGCUUGGGCCAGAAGAUCGCCCAUUGACAGGCUUCUCUUGGAGAGGAGGUUGUGAAAGAGAUACCACUGGAAUUCUUGCAUGGUCUGAAGUUUUGAUGGUGGAUGCUCCAAAUGGAGAGAAAAUUGCUGUCCUUUUAUUAGAUACUCAAGGGGCUUUUGACAGCCAAAGCACUGUGAGAGACUGUGCAACAAUUUUUGCACUUAGCACCAUGACCAGCAGUGUUCAAGUUUACAAUCUCUCUCAAAACAUACAGGAGGAUGAUUUGCAACAUUUGCAACUUUUUACCGAAUAUGGGCGACUUGCGUUGGAAGAUUCGGGAGAUGUUCCCUUCCAAAAGUUGGAGUUUCUAGUACGUGAUUGGAGCUUUCCCUACGAAGCUUCCUAUGGAGAAGUAGGCGGGAAGUCUAUUCUGGAACGAAGGUUGCAGAUCUCGGACAAGCAGCAUCCCGAGCUUCAAGCUCUUCGCAAGCAUAUCCGUGCCUGUUUCACAGAUAUCUCGUGCUUUCUAAUGCCCCAUCCUGGACUCAAAGUAGCCACUAAUCCGAACUUCGAUGGUCGAUUAACCGACAUCGAACCCGAUUUUAAGGAGCAAUUGAAAGUUUUGGUCCCACUACUUCUAUCGCCAGAAAAUUUAGUGGUCAAACAGAUUGGUGGUAAUCGAAUUCGAGCCAAAGAGUUGCUUCAUUACUUCCAGUCUUAUAUGGCCAUUUACAAGGGCGAUGAAUUACCUGAACCCAAAUCUAUGUUAGAGGCAACUGCUGAAGCUAACAAUCUUUCGGCCGUUGCGGGUGCUAAAGAGGUUUAUUCGUCUUCAAUGGAAGCUAUUUGUGGUGGAGACAAACCGUUUAUGAGUUCCAAUGCAUUGGAAGGCGAACAUAUGCGCGUAAAAGAUAAAGCUAUUGAACAUUUUCAAGGGCGCAGAAAAAUGGGUGGAGCAGAAUUCUCAGAAAAAUACAAAGAACGAUUAGAGCAGGAAAUUGAAGAGCAGUUUAGCCACUAUCGGACGCAAAACGAAAGCAAAAAUAUUUUUAAAGCAUUCAAAACGCCAGCUACUUUGUUUGUGGUUGCAAUCUUUUUCUAUUUUGUGUCUGGAUUCCUAGGCUUAUUGGGCCUAUAUCCUUUGGCCAACUUAGCCAACCUCAUGAUGGGCUUGACUCUGGUGACUCUCUGUACAUGGGCUUAUAUCAGAUAUUCAGGAGGAAUGCGGGAUAUUGGAACAGUGAUCGAUUUCGUAGCCGAAGCAAUUUGGGAAAACGCUGUCCGGCCGACAUACUUAAACAUGGCUGGAUCGGGAUUGGAACAAGUGACUCAACGAAUGACCAACAUAACGAUGGGAACGCAGGUUGCAGCAGGAGUUAGUAAUCACACCAGAGCAAAUGUGUCUAAAGCCAAAUCAACCUGAACAUAUCCGGCUAGACCCUACAUUGGCACUUUGUUCGCUGGUCGCCGCCUAAGUGCCUUACUGAAAUAGGAACAUUAUACCCUAUCGAGACCAACUUGAAAGGGAUAGAAUUUUAUUGCCUGAAGUGUUUAUAGAAAAAAUUUCGUGGGUGUUAUCUUUGUGAAACAGGUUUGCCAUUCAUUUAUUUGGCGUCUCUCUUGUUGGUCCCCCGUGUGCCAUUAUUUGCUAGUUAUUCCCCUUUUUUUUUGUAUAUGGGUUCACUCGAAUUUAUUGGUAUCAACAGUAAUAAAAAAAAAGAUCUAAUAA